UCUGACACCUGUCAACAGUCACAGCUGUUUUGCAUGAGGCACUGUGAUUAGACCAAGUAUUUAAGUUGAAGUUUUGUCAUUCGGUUUUGCCAGUUCGUUGUGCCCUGAGUUAGUAAGUUGUAUUCAGCGAGAGUAGGAAUCUCCACCACGGAGAAUAGUGUAGUGUUGAGCUAUCCUCCUCACAGCGUUUCUGUGCCACCACAGUUUAGUCCUGUCUUAGUUUCGUUUUCAUAGUCAUCGUCAAGUCGUAGUUCAUGUUUCCUAGUUUGUCUCCUAGUCAUCGGACCUCGCUUCACGUUUUUGGAUCCUGUCUUUGCUUAGCGUUUUGUGCCUCUGCCUUCUCGGACUGCUUACGCCGUGUAUGACCUUGUUCCGUGAAUAAACCACGCCUAACAUCAUGCCCACAUCUCUGAGUCCUGCAUUUGGGUCCAGCCCCGCACCGAUGGUUCAUGACACAUCAAUUUUCUUAGCCGCUUAUUCUCACAAGGGUCGCGAGAGUGCUGGAGCAUAUCCCAGUGGUCAACGGGCAGAGGCUGGGUACACCCUGAACCAGCAUCAGGCGCAGAGCGACCGCUCAUCUCACCUUAGCCUUCUGUGGACAGAGAUGGCAAGCGGCGGGCAAAAAGUGGUGCUGAUCACCGGGUGCUCGUCGGGCAUUGGCCUCAGGAUGGCCGUGAUGCUCGCCAAGGACCAACAAAAGCGCUACCACGUCAUAGCUACCAUGCGAGACCUGAAGCGCAAGGACAAGCUGGUGGAAGCUGCCGGGGACACGUACGGGAAAACUCUCUCUCUGGCCGUGUUGGACGUGUGCAGCGACGCGUCGGUCAAACAGUGCAUCGACGGCAUCAAGGAUCGCCGCGUCGACGUCCUUGUCAACAACGCAGGCAUCGGUCUGGUCGGCCCCCUGGAAAGCAUUCCCAUCGAGGAGAUGAAGAAGGUGUUCGAGACCAACUUCUUCGGCGUAAUUCGAAUGAUCAAGGAGGUGAUGCCGGACAUGAAGAGACGCAAAGGGGGGCACAUCAUCGUGGUCAGCAGCGUCAUGGGACUCCAAGGAGUGGUCUUCAAUGACAUCUACGCGGCUUCUAAGUUUGCCAUGGAGGGCUUUUGCGAGAGUCUGGCUGUGCAGCUCCUGAAGUUUAAUGUCACGUUGUCGAUGAUUGAGCCUGGCCCAGUCCACACGGAGUUUGAGGCCAAGAUGAUUCAAGACGUGCGGCAGAAGGAGUACCCGGGAGCCGACCCGGACACGGUGCACUACUUCAAGAACAUCUACCUGCCGUCUUCUGUGGACAUCUUCGAGACACUGGGACAAACGCCGGACGACAUAGCCAGAUGCACCAAGAAGGUGAUCGAAGCCGGCAGCCCUCGAUUCCGCAACCUGACCAACCCGUUGUACACGCCCAUCGUGGCGCUCAAGUACGCCGACGAGACGGGCGGCCUGUCGGUUCAUGCCUUCUACCACAUGCUCUUCAACCUGGGCCCACUCAUGCACGUCAGCAUGACCGCCAUGAAGUAUCUCACCUGCGGCUGUCUGAGGAGCCGCACUGUGUCGCCAAACUAACGACCACGGACUAAACGCUGAAUUAAGACUACAUUACCAUAAGGGCUGUUCAAUUGCUGUACAGUUACAUGGGCUGCAGUUAGGGAAAUUGGAAAUUUCCAUGGGAAUUAAGGUUCAGUGAAUAUAAACGAGGCGGCACGGUGGAUCAGCUGGUAAAUAGUUCUGAUAACCCGGGUUCGAUCCCGACCCCGCCUGUGUGGAGUUUGCAUGUUCUCCCCGUGCAUGCGUGGGUUUUCUCCAAGCACUCCAGUUUCCUCUCACAUCCCAAAAACAUGCAACAUUAAUUGGACACUCUAAAUUGCCCCAAAGUGUGAUUGUGAGUGCGACUGUUUGUCUCCAUGUGCCCUGUGGUUGGCUGGCAACCAGUUCUGGGUGUACCCUGCCUCCUGCCUGUUAACAGCUGGGAUAGGCUCCAGCACUCCCCGUGACCCUUGCGAGGAUAAGCAGCAAAGAAAAUAGAUGGAUCUAUAUAAACAGCAUCCCAUUCAAGCAUAGAUACAUUUUGUUUUCAAUCCACGUGAAAUAGACAGCUCUCCUUGGCCACAUGUGAGGGCAUUACAAUACCUUCAUUGCGCCCUUUUAUUUUUACUUUAAAUCUUGAUUGCACCUCGAAAUAUAGCACCAACAUGAAAUAAAAAAAAUGACCAAGGCGAGGGUCAUAAAAAAAUAAAAAUUAAAAAAACUGUCAAGAAUGAAAUCUGCUUGUUUUAGUCUGGACCAUUCAAAAAAAAAAAAAACCACAUAUAUUAAAGUUCCCUUUUUAAGAGCCAACCUUCAGUUUUGUAAAUUCCUCGUUCAUUUCCAUGAGUACCAGUAAUGAUUCCCAUGGAAAACUUCUGGAACUUUUCGACCCUACAUAUGCUCCACGUCACUCAUUUUUGUUAUGGGCCACAAUCAGAAGGCCGAUACAAAUGGUUACUCAGUCCCCUCAUCACAUUAUUACAUAUGCACAACAAAUUGAAAGAUAAUUAGUUUUGAAAUCAGAAGUGAAUGAUAAUAUAUUAUUCAAACUAUUUUCCAAGAUAUGUACCGAAACUUUAUUUUUGGCAUAUCGUAACCCAGCAAUGUACAAUACAGUUACAUGAUCAGCAGUACAUAAAAAAAAAGAUUCCUG